AUGGCCCCCAUCGCCAAGCAGUAUGACUUCAUCGUCAUCGGUGGUGGUAGUGGUGGUUCCGGCGCUGCGAGGAGAGCAUCUGGCUGGUAUGGAGCCAAGACACUGCUAGUGGAGAACAAACGGAAUGGUGGAACGUGCGUCAAUGUAGGAUGUGUGCCCAAGAAGAUCACCUGGAACUUCGCAAGCGUAUCAGAAAUGCUGAAGGAUGGCGUGCACUACGGCUAUAAGAUCCCGCAAGGUAUCAAAUUCGACUUCGCCGAGUUCAAGAAGAAGCGCGAUGCGAACAUUGAAGGCCUCAAUGGGGCCUACGAGCGUAAUUGGAGCCGCGACGGGAUUGACCUCGUCCGCGGCACUGCUACGUUCAAGAGUCAAAAGGAGAUAGAGGUCAAUUUGGAGGACGGGGAGAAGGCCGUCUAUACUGCGCCGCACAUCUUGAUUGCAACGGGAGGAUACCCUAUCAAGCCUCAAGACAUUCCUGGAGCAGAGCUCGGUAUCACCAGCGAUGGCUUCUUCGAUAUCGAAGACCUGCCAAAGAAGAUGGCCUUUGUCGGUGCAGGUUACAUUGCAGUCGAACUUGCUGGGGUCAUGAACGCCAUUGGAGUUGAGACACAUAUGUUCAUUCGAGGCAACACCUUUUUGAGAAGUUUCGAUCCAAUGGUCCAAGCAACCCUCACUCAGCGCUAUGAAGACGCUGGCGUGAUAAUCCACAAGAAUCACAAAGGAUUUAAAGAGAUUGUCGGGCUCGGAGAAGGGAAAGGGGAAGAGAAAUUACUCAGACUCGUUCAGAGUAGCGGAGAGGAAUUAGAAGUCAACGAGUUAUUAUGGGCCAUUGGUCGAGCUCCAGAAAUUGAAAAGCUGAAUCCAGCAAAAAUUGGGGUCAAUCUCGCAAAGAAGGGCCAUAUCGAUGUCGACGAGCAUCAAAACACCAAUGUCGAAGGCGUCUACGCUCUGGGAGAUGUAACCGGACAGGCAGAGUUGACGCCAGUGGCCAUUGCAGCGGGUCGCGCCCUCUCAAACCGAAUUUUCGGCUCGCAGCACACGUCCGGCGGGCCUCAUUUGCCCCAAAAAAUAGACUACUCUAACAUUCCAACGGUUGUCUUCGCCCAUCCCGAGGUUGGUACAAUCGGACUGACUGAGCCCGCUGCUAUCGACAAAUACGGCAAGGAUAACAUCAAGACCUACCACACACGCUUCACACCCAUGUUCUAUUCUUUCCAUCCUGCAGAGGAAAAGAAACUGCAACCGACGGAGUACAAGCUUAUAUGUCAGGGCAGCGAGGAGAAGAUUGUAGGCAUGCAUAUCUUAGGAGCUGGCAGCAGUGAAAUGAUGCAGGGCUUUGGAGUGGCAGUAAAGAUGGGAGCUAGGAAGAGGGAUUUCGAUGCAUGCGUGGCCAUUCACCCAACAAGUGCUGAGGAAUUGGUUACCAUGAGGUGA